AACGCCGCCGUCCCAGAUACUGACUGUAUUGCCGAGUUCCAGAGCACUGGGACGUGUAUUUCGGGAAGCCGGCUGGCGUUACCGGCACCAUGGAGUCACCUUUUAGCCCCGGACUCUGUCACAGACCAGAUGAAGGUUGGGAUUCUACACUCUUUGCUGAACUUGGUUAUUUCACAGACAUGGAUGAGCCGCAAUUGGACGCAGCAAAUGAAACCUAUGAAAGUAAUUUUGAUCAUCUUGAUUUUGAUUUGGAUUUGAUGCCUUGGGAGUCAGACAUGUGGAGCAUAAACAACCAAUUCUGUACAGUUAAAGAUAUUAAAGCAGAACCUCAGCCACUUUCUCCAGCUUCCUCAAGUUGUUCAGUCUCAUCUCCUCAGUCAGUGGACUCUUGUUCUUCAACUCAGCACGUUCCUGAGGAGUUGGAUCUGUCUUCCAGUUCCCAGAUGUCUCCUCUUUCCUUAUAUGGUGAAAACUGUAAUAGUCCAUCCUCAGCAGAGCCACUGAAGGAAGACAAACCCAUUAUUGGUCCUAGAAACAAAACUGAAAAUGGAAUGACUCCAAAGAAAAAAAUUAUGAUGAGUUCAAAACCUUCAAUUCAGCCCAAACCUUUAUUACUUCCAGCAGCACCGAAGUCUCAAACAAACUCCAACGUAUCAGCAAAAACCAUCAUUAUUCAGACACUACCAACACUUGUGCCACUUGCAAAGCAGCAGCCAGUUAUCAAUAUACAACCUGCACCCACUAAAGGUCAGACUGUUUUACUCUCUCAGCCUGCUGUUGUACAACUGCAGACUCCUGGAGUUCUGCCCUCUGCUCAGCCUGUCCUUGCUGUCUCUGGGGGAGCCGCACAGCUACCUAAUCAUGUGGUGAAUGUGGUGCCAGCCCCUGUGGUGAGCAGCCCAGUGAAUGGGAAACUUUCUGUGACUAGACCUGUCCUACAGAGUAUCACGAGAAGUGUGGGUUCAGAUAUUGCUGUGCUAAGAAGACAGCAACGUAUGAUAAAGAAUCGAGAGUCUGCUUGUCAGUCACGCAAGAAGAAGAAAGAAUAUAUGCUAGGGCUGGAGGCAAGAUUAAAGGCUGCUCUUUCAGAGAAUGAGCAACUGAAGAAAGAGAAUGGAUCGUUGAAACGGCAGCUAGAUGAAGUUGUAUCAGAGAACCAGAGGCUUAAAGUCCCCAGUCCAAAGCGAAGAGCUGUCUGUGUGAUGAUAGUCUUGGCACUUAUAAUACUGAACUAUAGACCUAUGAGUAUGCUGGAACAGGAUCCCAGGAGGAUGAACCCUAAUGUGAGCCCUGAAAAUCAAAGGAGGCAUCUUUUAGGAUUUUCUGCUAAAGAAGAACAAGGCACAUCAGAUGGUAUCAUCCAGCAAAACAGCUACAGAUAUGAUCAUUCCGUUUCAAAUGACAAAGCCCUAAUGGUACUAACUGAAGAACCACUACUUUAUAUUCCUCCACCUCCUUGUCAACCCCUGAUUAAUACAACCGAGUCACUCAGGUUAAAUCAUGAACUUCGAGGUUGGGUUCACAGACAUGAAGUGGAAAGGACCAAGUCAAGAAGAAUGACAAAUAAUCAACAGAGGACCGGUAUUCUUCAGGGUGCCCUGGAACAGAGCUCCAAUUCUCAGCUGAUGGCUGUUCAGUACACAGAAACCACUAGUAUCAGUAGGAACUCAGGGAAUGAGUUACAAGUAUAUUAUGCUUCACCCAGAAGUUAUCAAGAUUUCUUUGAAGCUAUUCGCCGAAGGGGAGACACAUUUUACGUUGUGUCAUUUCGAAGGGAUCACCUGCUGUUACCAGCUACUACCCAUAACAAGACCACAAGACCAAAAAUGUCAAUUGUAUUACCAGCAAUUAACAUAAAUGAAAACGUGAUCAAUGGGCAGGAUUAUGAAGUGAUGAUGCAGAUUGACUGCCAGGUGAUGGACACCCGGAUCCUGCACAUCAAAAGCUCCUCGGUUCCUCCUUACCUCCGAGAUCAGCAGAGGAAUCAAACGAACACCUUCUUUGGUUCCCCUCCAGCAGCCACAGAGGCAACCCACGUUGUCAGCACCAUCCCCGAGUCGUUACAGUGAUUCUCUGCAGCUAGGCGGGUGAGAAUGGGACCUGCCAGGCCCAAGAGCAGGCAAGAGGACCGCUACUUUCCGUCUCCACAGCAGCAGGCAGAGAGCCGCCUCAAACUCCAGUCAGGGAGCAGAGACGGAAGAAACUGCUCCUCUUCCAAACUGCCAGAGCUUGGGUGAGAGAACAUUUCUCCAGUGGCAAAUGGAGCCUGCUUCCUCCAGUGUUACCUGGUAUAGAUCCUCCCCACCCCGCCGAUGCCUUGUCAUUCUGUAUUUGUGUUAUGCUUUCAAAUAAGAUCCACUUUGGGCCAUGAAUUUAGCUCACUGGUUCCGCCGCCUGCCUCACAAGUGCAAAGUCCUGAGUUCGAUUCCUGAUACAAAAAGAAAAGCAAAAGAUCCACUUCCCCUUCUGCCACUUCAUUUGUUGAUAAAGUGGUUUUCCUUUAGAACUGUAGACCUUAGUAACACAGAUGGUUUCCACUGGUUGGUUUUCUCAUUCUUUUACUGAAAGCCCACUUUGGAUAUUACGCUUGAGAAAACAAAUUUGAAAACCAGAACAGCCAAGAAACAUCCAACAAAGAGUCAAAACUAUUUGGAGCUUUGGGUAAAAAGGAAUAUUCCCAGUUGAUAAAGUUAACUAUUACUUGGGAUUUUUUGGUUCAUCUGUAAACAAAUAACUGUGCUGGGCAUCUGAGGGUGGACCACACAUUGGAGAGAAUGGAAGGGAAGAGGAAGCUCAGAGGGGAGCCUUGAAAAAGGAGGUAGCUCCAUUAAUACAUGUUUAAAAUGUUGAAAGUUUGAUGCUGCUGCAGUUUAAGAUUAAAGCCACAGCUACUGUGUAUUGUCAGGAUUCUAGGCUGCUGAGUCCAGCAUGCAGACUGAUGUCUUCUCUUGACUGAUCUGGUGCAGAUCCUCAAGGACCACAGGGCAAAUCCCUCAUUUUCAUUUUAGAAAUCCUCAUGGUACCAAAUUCAGCUAAGGUGCAGCAAGAACAUUUUCUCUUGAAAAUUGACAGGUAUUUUUUUCUUAAGAUGAUACAGACAAGCAAGUUUAGAUUCUGGCUGAGGAAGUACAUCCUGUAUUAUGGCAAUAAUUUUCAGCUCCUCCGGUGAAAAGGCAGUACAAGUUUGAACUCUUGUUGUUCAACGAAGAGCUGUGCUCACUUGCAUUUUACUGAAUUUUGCCUACUUCCUUUGCCAUGGGAGAGUCAAAUUAUGCUUCACAAAUACGGAUGUCAGGCAACGAUGUCCUCUCUGACAGUCUACCUUCAGUUUCUAAAUUGAGUCCUUCUCCCUCUCUAUUAUGAAACCUUUCAAUUCUCUUGAUAGAACUCAGUCUGCAAAUGCUUCUUUUCACCACAAUUAACUUGCCUUAUCAGAUUUCUUCCCCCUCUAUUCCAUACUAUAUCAAUUAUUUCCUUUUCCUCUUUACAAGAAAAGGAAAGAAAAACCAUAUCAACCCCUAAAGGACUCCAUGCAGUUAGUUCAUUUUCUGCCUGUGAGCCAAUCAGGCCUGCCUUCUAAAUAAUUGUAAACAACUACCAACAUUUCUAACUCUGGACAGUGGUGCCUCUCAAGCUAGUCAGUUGCUUUCCAAGGAAAUCAGUUUAUCUUGGGGGUGGAGGGCUAUGCUUUAUUACCUGCUAACCUGGAGUUUGAGUUAGCCUUCCUCUUUUUCCACAUCACAGGCUCUCUUCAAUCAGUGCAACACUCCCCUCUGAUCUAGCUCCUGGGUGAUUUUCAGAUAAGAACUAUACUCCCUGGUGACUGUUCUUUUAAUGGGUACUAAAGAAUAGACAGCAAAUCCUAAAGACUCUUAGGUUACUGGGCAGUCUUCCAGUGGGAUCGCCUACAGCCCUGCUCCUUCCUGUCCUGUAAUAUGAAUUAGCCCAGCAAGAGGCCGUAACUGUGGCUAGCAGGCAGUGAUGUCAUGGUCAUUCCCAAGCCUCUAAUCUGCUAGAAGUGUCGUGUGUUAGGGUAGGUGCAUAGGAUGUAUCUCUCCUCUCCUUCGCACUGAUUCACACAAGGAGAAACCUCCACAAGGUCUUCUUGUCUUUAGCACUUCGCUCUUCCUCAGUCCUAUUCCUAGCUUUUCCUGAAGACUUCAGUUAUGUCAUGUUCACCAGCAUCCUUUCCUCCGUGAUGGGUAAGAAUGUGGCUGAUGGUUGGGAGGUCUGGAUGGUUGGCACCCCGUCAUGGAGCUGAGUGCCUGGGAAGUGACUGAUGCUUGGGAGCAACAGGGACCUUUGCCUUCUGUCAUUCACUGACCCCACAGCUCCUUGUUCUUGAUCUUCUUUGGGAUGAGGGAAUAGGAGCCUCCUCAGGGUAGAAUUUCAGGAAACAAAUGGCAGCUGACAAGUUGCAAAGAAGAACUCAGCUUUCUAAGUUGCUGGCAGAGUUAUUAUUAAUUCCUGGGCACAAGGGUAGUUGUUAUUUUUAGUAUUUGAUUGCCAGCUCCAGGCCCUUUAGGAAGUGGAGAGCUGCUGUGACAGAUUAAUAGUUAAGCAAGCAUUUGAGCUUCAGUUUUUGGCAGCAUUGCCUCUGGGGGUGUUGUAGCUGGGAAGUAUGGGAGAUAUGUGAGUGUAUAUAUACGUUAUAUAUAUAUUAAUUUAUUAAGUUUCAAAGUGGGAUUUUUGCAAGCCUGUGAGAAAACUAGAUAACUCACGGGGAAGGAAGUCCACCUAUUAGAUGCUGUCGUGCUCUUGGACCAAAACCACUAUGAUGUUGGGAAGAGGCCGUGGAGACCAGCAGCAGUAGUCGUUCUGCCUGUUUGCAAGUCCCAAAUUGUUAGGCCUAAUGUAAAUUAAGUGGAUGUUUCCUCCCGCUAACUUCUGAGUCAGACAUUGGGGAGUCUCUGUGGGGUUAACUCAUGCACCAGUAGCCCAGGCACACAGCUUUGUUAGGAGGAUGCCAGUGUGCUCUAGUGAGGAGUUAAUGGGAAAGGAUAACUCUUGAGGUAAAAGUAUUGUUUGCAGAGCUUGUAGUUUAGCAACUUUACAUUAGACCACUGGGUGGGCUUUACUUUUUCAGAAAUAAUAAGUCCUCCAUGGUUAUAAAAACUCAGAGCGGCUUCUAAUUUUUUUUUCUUUACAUGACUAAAAUUCCCAGGACAAAGCUGGCACCUCUUUGUCUUUUUUUGUUAGCAACUAAUAGACAUGGAGGUAUUUGAGAGCAGUGAUGUUACAUGAGUCAUUCUUCAAUGUUCCCAAUAAACAUUACUUAGAAACAUACGAGGAAGUUGGGACUCAAACUGAUUUUUCUAGCACGUUUAAAGAAACACUACUCUGAUUAAAUCUGGUUUGGCUAACUCCCCCGGGGCAUAUAUUCCUCAGUCAUCACCACAGCCAAGGCAGCCCAGCAAGAUGCUGUUAAACACUUCCGCUGUGGCAUUUAGAGUGUUUAAAACUGAAGAACUCUCAAGUUCUUCACAACUUUUAGAAUACUUUUUGAUUCUUGCCAUUUUACUAAACUCAGGUUGUGAAAACUGAAAGAAAUGUAUCACAGGAAAAGACGUAAUUGCAUUUGACUCUCUAACACAUCGAAAAGUUUCGGAGCAACUUCCACUUUCAAUGACAUAUUAAAAGUAACCACAUACACUUUCAUAACCUGCAGCACCAGAGUCUGAUCCAGUGCUCCCUUUGAGUCUGACCUCAUGGAAAGUUUUCAUCCUUGAAACCUUUCCACUGCAUACUUUUGGGCCGACUCAGCCACCUUCAGCAGAUCCAUAUUAGCUGCGUACGGCAGCUGUGUCAAAUAAGAUUGAUUAUUGCCGGAUUUGAUAGAACUCUUUACCAUCUCUGGACCCCGUAUCCCUUACCAAAGCCAUGUUUCAUCUGUCCUGGUCAUUUUAAUUUACAUAAAUCAAGAUCCUUGCUACUAAUAAGAAUCCAGUUAUAACUUUUACCAUAAAAUAAGAAAACUUAAAAAGAAAGAGAAUGAAAUAUAAGAAUUUUUCAUUCUUAACCCUCACAAUAUUUGGAAGGGGAAAUUUCUGUUUUCCCCCUACCUGCAGGGACUGUGGCCAAUAUUUAAGGAAACAGAAACUGGACUACCCAAAAAGGUAUUACCAGAGUCCAGAAGGAACUAUGCACAGAAGAGAAAUGCAAUUUUCUCCUACCUGAAAAUUCAAGAGAAUUUUCUCCUGACUUAUAUUUUUAAUGACUAAUCUUAAAGUUUAUUUUGGAUAGAACUAGAACUUUCCACAAUUUAUUCUAAUAUCUGCGUUAUCUUUCAUGUGCAAUAGGAUUUAUGGGAAAAAUGAUAAAAAUGUAUGGUUAGAAACUUUGAUUUGAUGUAUGAAUCGUGUUAUGGCUAGCCAGUGUCACAUAGUAAACAUAAUUCUCAGCUAACUUUAAGCAUUGGGGAUUUAGGACUUUAAAAGACUUAAUUAUAUUAGGCUUGAGAAUUCAGAAUAUAGUUUGUCCUUUGUCAAGUCUAACGAACGCCACACUAUUAUGUUGUUUGUCCCCAAAGAGAUUGGCGACCAUUAGUUAAAUAAAUCGGAGGCCUGGUGUAUUCCCUGGUGUGCUAAUCCCAGAAAGAGAUUAGCAGGUUGACUUUCACAGCAAAUGUUUACUGACUGAAAUAUUUUCAUUCAUAUGGAGCCCUAAUUUCUGGGCCAGUCACUAGGAUGGAGGAGAUGUUGGGGAACAAGUGCUUUUGAUGAAGACUAUGAAGUGAUACUAGCCUUAGAGAUACCAGUUUCUUUUUCCCAUCAUGAUGGCAAGGAUGGUUUAACUGAGAACAGUAAUGCUGUACCCACGCAGCCCCUGGAACCUGAGGAAAGUAUUAGGGAUGCAACAUCGCCAGGACUUCUUCCUUGGGAUGUAUCCAUGCUAAUUUAAUUUAAUAAUGUGCUGAGGAUGAAAAGGAAGGAGGUGUCAUUCUCUCCUUUAAUAGUUGUCAGUUUAUAAUACAUAAAUGAUGACAGUGAACUAUUUCAUAUUUUCAAACAACUCUUUAUAAUGCAAUACCUUUUCUUUCUCUA